AUGAAUCGUGUGUGCCACACGGUGUCCAUCUGGCUGACGGUGACGCUGGCCGUGUGGCGCUACAUCGCCGUGGCGCACCCGCAGCGCAACCGCGAGUGGUGCAGCCACAAGACGACGUUCGUGGCCAUCGCCGCCGCCUACGUGCUCAGCCCGCUGCUGUGCGUGGCGCACUACCUCGCGCUCACCAUCACCUCCGGCGAGGCCCCGGUCGACAGCGAGGGCAACAAGGUAUAUAUGUAA